CGUAUCUGCUCCUAGUGGCUUAGCUGAAGAAGUUCGGUGGAAAGCAGUCUGGGUGUGUGGGGUUGAGCCUCCGAGUCUCUACUCCACGAUCUCGAAAUGCGUCGUGAUUCCUGUCCUUUGGACUGUAAGGUUUAUGUAGGCAAUCUCGGAAACAAUGGCAACAAGACUGAAAUGAAACGAGCUUUUGGCUAUUAUGGGCCACUCCGAAGUGUGUGGGUUGCUAGAAACCCUCCCGGCUUUGCGUUUGUUGAAUUUGAGGAUCCCCGAGAUGCAGCUGAUGCUGUUGGAGAACUAGAUGGAAGAACACUGUGUGGCUGCCGUGUAAGAGUGCAACUGUCGAAUGGUGAGAAGAGAAGCCGAAACCGUGGCCCACCUCCUUCUUGGGGUCGUCGCCCUCAAGAUGAUUAUCGAAGGAGGAGUCCUCCACCUCGCCGCAGAUCUCCAAGAAGGAGAAGCUUCUCUCGCAGCCGAAGCAGGUCCCUUUCUAGAGAUAGAAGAGAGAGAUCACUGUCUCGCGAGAGAAAUCACAAGCCGUCCCGAUCUUUCUCUAAGUCUCCUAGCCGAUCUAGGUCGAAUGAAAGGAAAUAGAAGAACAGUUUGCAAGAGAAGUGGUGUACAGGAAAUAACUUCAGUUGACAGGAGUAUGCACAGAAAAUUCAAGUUUUGUUUGAGACUUCAUAAGCUUGGUGCAUUUUUAAGAUGGUUUAGCUGUUCAAAUUUGUUUGUCUUUUGGAACAGUGACACAGCCAUGUAAUUCUCUAUGGUUUGAAAUGGAUCAUAUGAGGCAUGUAAUACCAAGAAUUGUUACUUUACAAUGUUCCCUUAAGCAAGAUUGAAUUUGCAAUGAACUCUAGUCUUACAUGUAGGACUGAAAUAAAAACCUCUAAAUCUUGCCCAGCCAAAGUGUGAUGUGCUAAUAUUACAGAAGCAAAACUUCAGAAGUGGAACUGAGAUGCACUUUCACUCAUGGCUGGGAUACAGUAUGCAGCUGUAGAUGAAUAUGCAGUCUUUACAAGUGGCUGUGCCCACAGACAGGCCAAUGGGUAAAGAUAAAAGCUGCGCCAUUAAACCAGAUGAGAAGUUUUUCUAAAAUCCAGCUGGUCUUCACCCUGGGCAUAGGUUGCCUUGGUUUAAAACCUGAUGAGAAAGUUUACCUUUUAAGUGUCUUAUGUGAUUGCUAUAUAUGAAUACAUAGCUGUUUGUAACAUUCUUUAUUUGGAAAUUUGAGAUUUCAAAAUACCAAUGUCCUGCCAGUUUAAGGGUACAUUGUAGAGCUGAACUUUUGAGUUACUGUGCAACAUUU